AUGAUUCCCCCGCAGUUCUGGUGGUUGAAUAUUUUACUCCUGUACCUGGCUGAUAAUGAAACGAAAGAUUGGUUUUUUAAGGGGCAGCAGCCGAAACACGGGUGGAGGAAUGUUGAGUGGAAUACCGCCAAAGUUGCGUGGCGUCUCGUAGCUGCAGCCACUGCCCCCAUCUCACAUCCACAAGCUCUUGGACGCGCACAUACCGAAGUGACAUACUUGGUUGAGGCCACAUGGAAUGAGGGAAGCGUAGGCACUAAUAACCUCCCGAAAUCUCAAACAUUGCGCCAACCUACUCCGUACACUGUGGGUAAUGAGAAAUAG